CACGGCAUAUCAGGCUUUACCGGCGACCUCAUCGGAGGGCGUCCUUUGUUAAUUCUGGUCAAUGAAAUAAUAUAUUAACCACAUUUUAUCAUAUCAGUGUCUGUCUUUCGCGGCAUCUCAGUUUCAAGAAGAUAUCGCAAAUAGGCGACCCCUCGUCGUGUGGAGAUUAUGACAUAAAGGUUUUAUUGCUCCAGAAUUUACUAUCGUAAAUAUUAUGGAGCAAAUACCGAAUAACCACAUUAAUCGGGCCCCAGUUGAGCCUCGUAAUCCAGGCUCAAACGGCUUGGAAUCACCCAGUCAAAGCCAUCCGACGCGACCACCGUUGACCAGAGCUGAUUCACGAUCAGCUUUCUCUCCGCAAUCGCUACGACCAGGUGGACCGCAGUUGCAACAAAGGCCACAAUUUCAACCAGGUGGACCCGUUACGAAUCCACAGCAGCUUGGUCCGCGUCCAGGGAGCCAAAACCAAAGAGGACCGGUCCCAUCUGGACCUCCAGGAUCGCCACAAAUCCGAAAUCAAUCUCCAGCUUUGCGACCUUUAAACCAGCAACCAAAUUCAUCAUACCAAGGCUCAAGACCUGUUCUAUCCCCGACGUCUGCUUUGCCUACGCAAAGAGGUCCAGUGCCAAAUAAUCUUCAAUUUGGUCCGCGUCAACCUCCGCAGUUUAGCAACGUCACUACUCCAGACGGAUCUAGACCUCAAAUAACGUCGCAAACAAACGGUAUCGCAAAGACCGGUGCCGCAUUGACAUCUCCAGUAAACACUCAAUUGCCAAGGCAGCCAUCGCAGGGCUCCUUAAAGGGUGUCGAUUCUUCUACCUUGUCUCAAAACAAACCAGUCAACCUGGAGAAUCAAACUUCACCUAAUGAAAAUCAAACCACUACAAAACCUGAUAGCAGCAAUGAAAUACCGGGAGCGACUAAAGCUAGAAGCUUCAGUAUUGCAGCUGCACCUGGAACACCAAGUCCGCUUAAAAUGGAUGACGAUCGCAGAAAAUCUGUGAGUUCAGUUGGUGGGAGGUUCGAUGAAUUAACUAGUCGCAGUCCUGGACUUAGUUUAAUUCAAGAAAUGAGGGGCAGUAAAGAUAAUAUGCGAGGUUCUAAGGAAAGUGUUAGAUCUGAAGCAUCUACUGAUGGAGCUAAAGAUGUACCCGAUCGUCCUGAAUCACGACUAGCCAGUUCAAAAAUGACGGAAUCGCUUAUGGGAUCUUUUACAAAUUUAUCGUCAAAAAAGAAAACGGACGACGACGAUGAUGUUGUAUCACAGAACAAUUUGACAACAAUAAAAACUGAAAAUUUGCAAAAUAAAACUGAUUUGUCUGAUCGUUCACCAUCUUUAACUCGAAGUGAUGACUCACCAGAGCCGAAAAACGUAUCCCAGAGUUCGGUUUCAUCAAAUAAAACUCAAAAUGCAACACCAGAACCACAACGUCCAAAUACACCAAAAACUGAUGUUAAGCAAGAAUUUAAAUCAGAACUAAUUAAGGACACGAAACCUAACGCAAUAGUACAAAAUAGAACUUUUUCGAAAUCACCUGUUGCACCAGAGUCAAAAUCACCCAUAGAGACCAAGCCUCCUGUUUCAGCAAAUAAGAAACCAACUGAUCUGAAAACUUCAGUAACUCCAUCUGAUUCCAAAAAAUCAACACCACGUAAAGUUGUAUCUGCUCCAAGUUCUAGACCCAAAGAUGGAGAUAACGACAGUGGUGUCGAUGAGUCUACACAAGGAAAUGAUCUCAACGGUUCACCUGGGUCACCAAAUAAAAAGUUGCCAAGCAAACUACCAACAAAAGAAAAGUCUAGCAGUAGCUUAAAGCAAAAUCUCUCUCGAUCGUCAAGCAAAAGCGCUACAGCUAAAACACCGGAAACUCCACAACCAAAUGAGAAAAAGAAAGUACCAAUGAACAAAGUUCAGGUUGGAAGCGCACCCUCACCUAACAUAAAAGCAGUUAAAUCGAAGAUCGGUUCUUUAGACAACACCACGUAUAAGCCAGGUGGUGGAAAAGUAAAGAUAGAAAACAGAAAACUUGACUUUAACAACGUCACACCUAAAAUUGCUGCAAAAAAUGACGCUUACACGCCAAGCGGUGGAGCCAAAAAGAUAACGACUACAAAACUGGAGUGGAAUGCUAAAUCAAAAAUUGGCUCUCUCCAAAAUUCUUCUUAUAAGCCUGGAGGAGGGGAUAAGAAAAUUGAAACUGUGAAGCUGGACUUCAAAGAAAAAGCGAAGCCAAAGGUGGCAUCCACCAUUAACAUCACUCACAAACCAGGCGGAGGGACUGUAAAGAUUGAAAAUCAAAAAUUGGAUUUCAAAGCACAAAGUAAAGUGGGUUCUCUCGACAACGUUAAACAUAAACCAGGCGGCGGUGAUAUUAAAAUAUUUGACGACAAGGAUUACAUUAAGCAGAUCGGCGGACACUCUCCUCUUCCCAACAGUCAUGGCCAGUCGCGACAGGAGCCAGAGUAUUUAUACACAUAUUACUGAAUAAGAUUUUUGGGUUCAAGAGUCCAGUUCCGCCGUCUGCCGCAGCAUCAGCUCAGCUUCCGAAAGCGGACGAAAAUUUAAAUCAGCAGGCGUGUUAAAGCACACUUCGAUAGACUACGAUUUUCGAUAUACGAUAUUUAACUGAAAAGUCCAACCAUUUUAAAAUAUUCUUAUUGUUUACCUUGUUAAAGGUUAUAAUUUUAAUGUACCUACUCAGUUUCGUGAUAAUGGGCCAUCUUUACCUUAUAGAUAUUGAUUAAUUAUUGCUAAUUACGAAAAAUCUAAAUUUUAUCAUGUCUUUUAGACGUUUUGAUAUAAUACUUUAUUAGGAUUCAUUUAUCUUUACCGUUCGCCGCAUGUAUAGGGCGAUUACAUAGCUAAAUAAAAUGUCCGUUUAUUAAGCAAAUAGAGAAGUAGAUGAGUGCCAAUGAGUAAUAUAAUAAUUAAUCAAUUCUUUUUUUGUGUUCAAAUGUAAUCUGUAUGCAUAGUUAUCGUUGAAAGUAUUUUCGUUGGUUUGAUAAUUAUGCUUAUAACAUAAGAUAUACUUAAUAUAUUUGAUUGAUUGAUUGUUUCUACAAAAUAAAGCUCUUGAUUUAAUUUGCAAUAAAUAAUAAUACGUAAGUGAUUGUAACGUACGUAAAAAGCACUCUUGAUGAUUUGUGUCUAGUAGCAUCACUGUUAUUUAUUAAUAUGUAAUAUGAUAUAAUUAAAAAAAUGGUGUUUCUCUAUAUACAUACUUAGAUGAUUUGUUAUUAUUACAUAUGUGUUGAUUUAGAAGUAUGUCACGUAAAGGUUACCUUGCAUAGCGGGUGUUUCGUAGACUUGUGUGCACGGACAGAGUAGGUAUAUUUUGGAGUGUUUAAUAAAAUUGGGCAAAGUUCUCGACUCAGCAGCGAGCGCUUAAUGCUAAUCACACGCAAUUAUAGUCUGACCUUAAUUUUAAUUGUAUAAA